AUGAAUUUUGUGCUUCUGCUUUAUUUCUAUUCAAUGUUGAUGAUUGGUGCUUUUACUAAGAGGGCAAAAAUUAUUGGCGGCCAAGAAAUAGAUGUAAGAAAUGCUCCAUAUCAAGCGGCAAUUGUAUUCCCACACAUUAACACAGUUAUUUGCGGAGGCUCAAUUAUAACAAAUAAGCAUAUACUCACUGCCGCGCAUUGCCUCUAUGAAAGAGAUAUGCAUUAUGAAAUGUUACGCAUUUAUGUAGGAAUAAGUAAUUUAAUGACCGAUAUCCCAUCGAAAUUCAAGAUUUAUAACGUUUAUAUUCAUCCGCGAUUCACAGGAGAAAUGACAAAAUACGCUAUGAAUCUAAAUGACAUAGCCGUUGUUAUGAUUCAAGGCACAAUUAUAUUCAAUGAAUUUCAAAACAAGAUAAAUUUACCAAAAAGUAAUUACCGAGCUGGCUGGAGAGGUCUUGUGAGCGGUUGGGGAAUGACAUAUUAUGGAACUGAAAAUGAUAAUACCGUGCUGCGUGGAGCUUUCGUUGAUAUUAUUGAAAUGUCACAUUGCCUUAACCAUUAUACAUUUGUUCUUUAUAAUGAGCAAUUGUGUACAUUGCAGGGAGAAGGCAUAGGGAUAUGCACUGGUGAUAGCGGUGGUCCAUUGAUAUAUAAUAAUGAAAUUAUUGGUAUUGUAUCUUGUAAUAUGCCGUGCGCAAAAGGAAAGCCUGACAUCCAUACUAAUGUUUUUUCCUAUUUGCAUUUUAUUGAAUUUGUUAUUAAUAAAUAAUGAAUAAUGAA